UACAGGUAGACUGUCUUCAAAUAAUGUCAUGUUUAUUUGCUACUUCUUUAUAAAUUUUAGUUUACCAAGGCUAUUUGUUAAGUGGAUUGUUAUUUGUAUAAUCUGUGUAUAUACAUAUAUAUGCCUUGUAUUUCCUUGGAAAAGGACAGUAUUUUCAUAUAAAUCCAUUUCAUUAAAUGUCCUAUUUCACCAGGGAGAACCUGCAUUAAACUUUGAUUGUAUUUUGUACUUAAUGAGUUUGUAGCAUUAAUGGUUGGGGAUAUUGUAGAACUCAUAUUUGACAGCAGUAACAGCAGUACCACGAGACUUCAAGUACUUGUGGAGGAGAUUUUUUGGGCCUGUUUCUUGUUUUUGGGAACACCAAGGCUAAUGCUUGGCAAGGAUAGAAUAUAGUUAUUAUACUGUAGGUAACACUUUUAUUAAUUGAAAGACACCGUACGUGUUUGCAGAAAGUUUGUCAGUCAAGAACAUCAGGACUAUAGGUAAGAUCUGUGUGUACCUUGUUUUCAGACAAACUUGGUUUUGUUUUUUCUUUUUUUUCUUUAAAGGCUCUCACUGGAUAUUGUUCUUCCAAAGAUUCAGAUGACUGGUUGGGUAAAAGACCUUGAGCAAAAUUCUGUACUGUUCAUGCCAGAUGUGUGGAGGAGUUGAUUUGCUCACUGUAAGCAAAAUAGCUGCUCUUGGUUGAAGUACUGAAUCCAAUCAGAUGAAGAGUGUCAAAAGGAGUCUACGAAUGAGGCACCAAGAUGGCAGUUCCACUGGUGAUUGAGAGGUUGAGGAAAUGGACUAAUGCAUGAGUGCUGUGAUGUGUCUGUCCAAGAAAAGGAUGUUAAAUCGUGGACUCUCGUGUUGUUAAACCAGAGAAGAUCUGGGUUGUGAUCAUCCUAUCAAAAUGGACUUUGCACUUGAAUUAAUCAGUGACUAUCCAAUGAUGGAUCUGUUUGAGGACUGGGUGGCAGAAUUUUCCUUUGAGAUUGUGUUUGCAUAACAGGCAAAUUAAUUUGGUUGAAGAUCUGUUGCUACCCCUUUGGAGAAAAUGUAAUUUUUAAACUGACUUUUAAUAAAAGGUUUUGGUUUCUUUCACACUUUGUGUUUGUCCUUUCUGGCUGAAUAUUUUUAUUAUGUUGAUAUUGAAGUGGGUUACAUUUUUGGUUGCUAUUAAAGUGAGAAUACUUAAACUACUAAGUACUGAAGGCAAGGCAAAAUUUUGUGCUGUACUUGAUUUCAAAUGUGGUUUUCAUUUGCAAAUUAUGCUCACUUUGCCAUGACUUCCAAUGAAUUUUUAUUUGCUGGCUUGUUCAUUCAGGUGCUUAAUAUGAGGGGUUUUCAGUACUUGGCCUAUUGUCAGGGCCCUGCUGCUGAACUUUGUGAGUUAUUUUAAGAUGGAAUUGAUACAAAUUGAAGGCUGGGAAAAUAUGACAAUAAAGGAGUACUUGAAUGUUUUGUGUAACUUUUUUAGGUAUGUUCUUUGGUUGUGUAUGUUUUGGUUGUGGGUACAGAAACUUCUCAACAUAUUUCCUUGACAACAUACUUCCUAAACAGUCUCUUUGGUCUUAAAAUUGUUCUGUGCAAGUGUCCAACCUGCUUCCCUGCUCUUGCAUGUAGCCUUAGCAGGGCAAUACUGUACCAUGUGUUUGGGGAGAAAGAAUGGGGUUGUUUUUGAUAUUGCUACAGAUGACAUGUUAACCUUUGCAAAUGAAUUUCAAAAAAACCCUGUUUCCUUCCAGCUUUCUAGUGGAUCAAAUAGUUGAACUGUAGGCACUUUUCUUUAUGUAUUUUACCUGAAACUCCCAGUUGUCUUUGUUUUGUGCUGGAGGGCCAAGAUGACACACCUGGUUCUGAGAUAACCUUGGUGUUCUCUUUGAAAACCCAAACAAACCCUCCUUCACUGUGUGUUAGCCAUUUCCCUUGCUCAGACUUCUUUGCAAAUACCCAUUUUUGUCAUGCUGAGUUGUUCAUACCUGCCCCAUCCAGCUGUUUUGAUGGUACACACUUGCUCCAGAUUGGUUUUGCUGUGUCUUGGUUUGUGGUGGAAUUGGAUACUGGGACCAACCUAAAGGGAUCCCCAUUCAGAUGAGUGGAUUUCCUUAGUGUUACCCAAAAUUGCUUGGAAUAGUCUUGCAUUGUGGUUUUUUUGGUUCUUGCAGUUGAGGUGCAAGGGGUCUUAUGUAAAUAAUUGUGGAAUUCUUUAAAAUGGACUGUGGCAAUGGAGUGUUCCUAAUGAAACCCCUUGUGGAAAGAGGAUGGGUGGUUGGAGGAUGCAAAUGGCAGGUGUGUGUGGAGGAGUUGAAGGAGACUAUGUUGGUUCUACUGGUCGAAGCCAAUGGUUUUGGAUUGUUGGGAUGCUGUGCCAUGGAUGUCCCCAUAGAACCCCAGACUAGCCCAUUACCCCUUUCCCGUCCAGUGGUCCCCCAGUGUCUGAUGGCUCUGUAUUGUUGCGAUGCUUAUGAAUAUUCAAGAUGUCCUUGUGCUUCGAGGAGUUGGUUUUGCUCGUGGAAGACAAAUGGUGGUUGGAAUCAAGUGGUCGGGGUUGCUUGGAUCACUUCCAUUCCCUCAGUGGUACAUCCUCUCAAUUCCAGGAGGUUGUGUUGGAGAUGUCCAUUGAUUUCCAGUUCUGCAGCUUGGCUAUUGUGCAGCUUUAAAAUUAAUUUGUCAUGUUAAAAUCUGUUACAGACCAUGAAUGGGUUAAGAGAGUGCACUAAAAGUAACUGGUUUAAUGGGCUUGGACUGACUUGACCGCAGUGCCUUAGUGGAGCAGAUGGAAGUGGUGUGCCUGUUGCCUUUGAGUUAGUGGGGAAAACCACUAGGGAGGCGCUGUUGAGCUGGAGGGGAAUAUUGACCCUGCUGGGCUGGAUUGAGAGCGAGUGAUACUCCUGUUCCACGCUGCCAGUGCCAGUGUUGGAGGGUGAAGGGAAGAGCUGUUGUCUGGGGAUUGUGCCACUGAACUGGGGGGAUGCUCCCCCUUGGGUGGGGUGACCCCCAGGGUGGGCUGUUUGGUGCCUGCAUGGCUGUGAGCUCCACUCCCAUGCCUUCAAAAUGGCUUGUAAUAGCACCACUUCCUGUCCAGGGAGGAAGUAAUUUUAGCCCAGGCACUGAAAUAUUUAGCAAAUGUUUUAAACAAAAGGCACAAAUUCCAUUUCUUUCUGGUUUCCAAAGGGUGCCUGAGCCACAUGGGGUUAAGAUGCCCCAUGAUCUGGGGUAGUUGGAAAGAGUCAGGGCUGUGGGGUAGCAGGCACCCUUUAGGUGGAGGCUCUCUCUUUUUUUGGUAGAAAUGAAGGGGUGGGUCUAUGGUACAUCACCUGAGUUGUGGGGUAAAUGUAGAGAGUGUCAAUCAAAGGCAGAGCUCAGAGCUGGGAAGGAGCUCUAGAUGGCGGCUGUGCCUUAGAGAGAGCGCGCUCAGCUCCGUGCCUUCCCCAACACUUUACGCAACUUUCCCUAACUUUCGGGCAGCCUCAGGGGGCCCCCACAGCCCCUUGCCUCUCCUAGGCACUAAUCGGGGGCUGAGUGGACCUUUUUCGGGCAGAAAAGCAGCUUUUGAGGGCUCCCUUUUCGUGCCUUGCUGGAAAGAAGAAGCCGUGGAGAGAGCCCAGGUCGUUGUUUUUCCAGCUUAGAAGCCAUGGCGUACCUCCAUUUUUGUGCGCUCUCCUAAUGAGCUUUUUCCCCCGGACAUUUUUGUACUAAUUAUCGCUUCUUUUGCUUUAUCGGCAGCAUAUUUUUGGGAUUAGUAUAUAUAUUUUUUUUUCGUUUUCUGAAAUUUGUAUUUUAUCCGUAUAAUUUGAAGUAUUUUGGAUCUAAUGUUUUUCCACUACCCGAAACUAAUAUCGACUUGGUCCUGGCGGCGGUGCACGGAUCAGGUAGUAAAUACCUGGGCACAGGACUUCAAAGCAAACAGACACCCCUGACCCCCUCUUAAUAUUUUAAGAAUAAAAAGAUGAUGAGAAAUAAGGACAAAAGCCAAGGAGAGGAGGGUUCAGUCCACAGCAAUGCAUCGAGUCACUCAGCAUCCGAAGAAGCCUCUGGCUCUGACUCUGCAAGCCAGUCUGAAAGCGAGCAGGGCAGCGAAUCAAACAGCAGCUCGGAGUCCUCUGAGAGUCAGUCUGAAUCCGAAAGUGAAUCAACGGGUUCCAAAUCCCAGCAGACCCCUCCUGAAACCAAAGAAAAACCAGCCUCUAAGAAGGAAAGGAUAGCAGAUGUUAAAAAGAUGUGGGAAGAAUAUCCUGAUGUUUAUGGGGUUAGGAGGUCAAACCGAAGCAGACAAGAACCGUCACGAUUUAAUAUAAAAGAUGAGGCAAGUAGCGAAUCUGAAAAUGAGAGCCCAAAAAGAAGACGUCAGAAGCAGUUGAAAAGAAAAAUUAAAUGGAAAAGAGAGGUCUCUGCUGGAGAGGAGGAUGAAGAUGGAGGGGAGCAAGGCACCAGUGGAGAGAGUGAGCCUGAACCGAAGAAAAUUAAAGCAAGAAGACCUGUCCAAAGGAGAACAGUGGCCAAAACUGGUGUUAAAAAGCCCCACAAAGUCCAGCGUGGGAAGAGAAAGAAACCAGACUCAUCUGAAGAUGACGAUGAUGACGAAGAUGAUGAGACCCCCAAGAGACAAACUCGACGAAGAGCAGCCAAAAAUGUCAGUUACAAAGAAGAUGAUGAUUUUGAGACAGAUUCUGAUGACCUGAUAGAGAUGACUGGGGAAGGAGCUGAUGAACAGCAAGACAACAGUGAAACUAUUGAGAAAGUCUUGGACAUCAGGCUUGGAAAAAAAGGAGCCAUUGGUGCUUCCACCACCGUUUAUGCGACCGAAGCCAACGGCAACCCCAGCGCGGACUUCGAUCCUGAAAAGGAUGAGGGGGAAGUUCAGUACCUGAUCAAAUGGAAAGGCUGGUCAUACAUCCACAGCACCUGGGAGAGCGAAGAGUCCUUGCAGCAGCAGAAAGUGAAGGGCCUGAAAAAGCUAGAAAACUUCAAGAAAAAAGAGGAGGAGAUCAAGCAAUGGCUGGGCAAAGUAUCACCUGAAGAUGUGGAAUAUUUCAACUGCCAACAAGAGCUGGCUUCAGAGCUGAACAAACAGUAUCAAAUAGUGGAGAGAGUAAUUGCUGUGAAGACCAGCAAGUCUGCCACGGGACAUUCGGAUUUCCCAGCAAACAGUCGCAAAACAUCCUCAAAUGACCCCGAAUACCUGUGUAAGUGGAUGGGGCUGCCCUAUGCUGAGUGCAGCUGGGAAGAUGAGGCUCUGAUAAGCAAGAAAUUUCAGCACUGCAUCGACAGCUUCAAUAGUCGGAACAACUCCAAAACAAUUCCCACCCGGGACUGCAAGGUGUUGAAGCAGAGGCCGAGGUUUGUCGCCUUGAAGAAGCAGCCCUCGUACAUCGGCGGUGAGAACCUGGAGCUGCGGGAUUACCAGCUGGAGGGCCUCAACUGGCUCGCUCACUCCUGGUGCAAGAACAACAGCGUGAUCCUGGCUGACGAAAUGGGACUGGGCAAGACGAUUCAGACAAUAUCAUUCCUGUCAUACCUGUUCCAUCAGCACCAGCUCUAUGGCCCUUUCCUGGUGGUCGUGCCCUUGUCCACUCUCACCUCGUGGCAGAGGGAGUUUGAAGUGUGGGCGCCCGAGAUAAACGUGGUGGUUUACAUUGGAGACCUCAUGAGCAGGAACAUGAUACGUGAAUAUGAGUGGAUUCAUUCUCAGUCUAAAAGAUUGAAAUUUAAUGCACUUAUCACAACAUAUGAGAUCCUCCUCAAGGAUAAGACUGUUUUGGGAAGUAUUAACUGGGCCUUUCUAGGCGUGGAUGAAGCCCAUCGGUUGAAAAAUGACGACUCUUUGCUGUACAAAACAUUGAUUGAUUUCAAGUCCAACCACAGGCUGCUGAUCACCGGCACCCCGCUUCAAAAUUCACUCAAGGAGCUCUGGUCCCUGCUGCAUUUCAUCAUGCCAGAGAAGUUUGAGUUCUGGGAGGAUUUUGAAGAGGAUCACGGGAAAGGUAGAGAGAAUGGCUACCAAAGCCUUCACAAAGUCCUGGAGCCUUUUCUCCUACGAAGAGUGAAGAAGGAUGUGGAGAAAUCUUUGCCAGCCAAAGUGGAGCAGAUCCUCCGGGUGGAAAUGUCUGCUCUGCAGAAACAGUAUUACAAGUGGAUUUUGACAAGAAACUACAAAGCUCUUUCAAAGGGAACAAGGGGAAGCACAUCUGGUUUCCUGAACAUUGUGAUGGAACUGAAAAAGUGCUGCAACCAUUGCUACCUUAUCAAACCUCCUGAGGAAAACGAGAGAGAGAAUGGCCUUGAGACCCUGCAGUCUCUGAUCAGGAGCAGUGGAAAGCUAAUUCUCUUGGACAAGCUGCUGACCAGGCUGCGGGAGAGAGGCAACAGAGUGCUGAUCUUCUCCCAGAUGGUGAGGAUGCUGGACAUCCUGGCAGAGUACCUGACUAUCAAACACUACCCUUUUCAGCGCUUGGACGGCUCGAUCAAGGGGGAGAUCCGAAAGCAGGCGCUGGAUCACUUCAACGCCGACGGCUCCGAGGACUUCUGUUUCUUGUUGUCAACACGAGCUGGAGGGCUUGGAAUUAAUUUGGCCUCUGCUGAUACUGUUGUUAUCUUUGACUCGGACUGGAACCCCCAAAAUGAUCUUCAGGCUCAGGCCCGAGCUCACCGGAUUGGACAAAAGAAGCAGGUGAAUAUUUACCGCCUGGUCACAAAGGGGACAGUGGAGGAGGAGAUCAUUGAGAGAGCCAAGAAGAAAAUGGUGCUGGAUCAUUUGGUUAUCCAGCGUAUGGACACCACUGGCCGGACUGUUCUGGACAACAACUCUGGGAGAUCCAACUCAAAUCCUUUCAACAAAGAGGAGCUGACAGCUAUUCUGAAGUUUGGAGCUGAAGAUCUCUUCAAGGAGCUUGAAGGGGAAGAGUCAGAGCCUCAGGAGAUGGACAUCGAUGAGAUUCUGCGUCUGGCUGAAACACGAGAGAAUGAAGUGUCCACCAGUGCCACUGACGAGCUCCUCUCCCAGUUCAAGGUCGCCAACUUUGCAACCAUGGAGGAGGAAGAAACAGAGCUGGAUGAGCGGUCCCAGAAGGACUGGGAUGAUAUCAUUCCAGAGGAACAGAGGAAAAAGGUGGAGGAGGAAGAAAGGCAGAAAGAGUUGGAGGAAAUCUACAUGCUGCCUCGAAUCCGGAGCUCAACUAAAAAGGCUCAGACAAAUGACAGUGAAUCAGAUGCAGAAACUAAGAGAAGGCUGCAGAGAUCAUCUGGAUCAGAAAGCGAGACUGACGACACCGAUGACGAGAAGAGACCAAAGCGCAGGGGACGUCCUCGGAGUGUUAGAAAAGACACUGUGGAAGGAUUUACUGAUGCUGAAAUCAGGAGGUUUAUCAAGGCUUACAAGAAGUUUGGAUUGCCUCUUGAAAGGUUGGAGUGUAUUGCCCGAGAUGCUGAGCUGGUGGAUAAAUCUGUGGCUGAUCUGAAACGUUUAGGGGAGCUCAUCCACAACAGCUGUGUGUCAGCAAUGCAAGAAUAUGAGGAGCAGCUGAAAGAAAAUCCAGGGGAAGGGAAAGGACCUGGAAAAAGACGAGGUCCUACUAUCAAGAUUUCUGGUGUCCAAGUCAACGUGAAAUCCAUCAUCCAGCACGAAGAGGAGUUUGAAAUGCUGCAUAAAUCCAUUCCCGCAGACCCAGAGGAAAGGAAGAAGUACCGCCUGACGUGCCGUGUCAAAGCUGCUCAUUUUGAUGUAGACUGGGGAGUGGAGGAGGAUUCUCGCUUGUUAGUGGGAAUUUACGAGCAUGGUUAUGGAAACUGGGAGCUAAUUAAAACAGAUCCGGAAUUGAAGUUAUCUGAUAAGAUCCUACCUGUUGAGACAGAUAAGAAACCUCAGGGAAAACAGCUCCAGACUCGAGUUGAUUAUUUACUGAAACUGCUGAAGAAAGACCUGGACAAGAAAGAAAACAUGAAAGAUGGGGAAGAGGGCAAGCUAAAGAAGAGGAAACCACGAGUAAAGAAAGAGAACAAGGCUCCCAAAGUCAAAGAUGAGCAUGGGAAUGAACUCUCCUCUCCUCGGCACUCAGACAACCAGUCAGAAGAAGGUGAAGUCAAGGAGGAUGGCUUGGACAAGAGCCCGGUGAAAAAGAAACAGAAGAAGAAAGAGAACAAAGAGAACAAGGAAAAACAGACAUCCUCUAAGAAAGAAAAGGAAAGUGAUAAAGAGAAAAAGAAAACAAAAGACAAGAAAGAGAAGCCUAAAGGUGGAGAGGCCAAAUCUGGGAGCAAAGGGAAGAGAUCACAAGGUCCCGUCCACAUUACUGCAGGGAGUGAACCAAUCCCCAUUGGCGAAGAUGAGGAUGAUGAUCUGGACCAAGAAACAUUCAGCAUAUGCAAGGAAAGGAUGAGACCAGUCAAAAAAGCACUGAAGCAGCUUGAUAAGCCUGAUAAAGGACUGACAGUUCAAGAACAGCUGGAGCACACACGCAACUGCCUCCUAAAAAUUGGUGAUCGCAUCUCUGAGUGCCUUAAAGCCUACACUGACCAGGAUCACAUCAAGCUAUGGAGAAGGAACCUAUGGAUAUUUGUGUCAAAAUUCACAGAAUUUGACGCCAGAAAACUACACAAACUCUACAAGAUGGCUCAUAAGAAAAGAUCACAGGAAGAGGAGGAGCAGAAAAAGAAGGAGGACACGUCCAGCAUGAAGAAGCCGUUCCGCCCAGAGCCUUCAGGCUCCAGCCGCGAUUCCGUGAUGUCCCAGUCUCACGUGCCUCACAAUCCUCAUUCCCAGAAGAUCCAUAUGCCCCCUUCCCACACCCAGCAGCAGAUGCACGGGCACCCACGUGACAACUAUGGCCACCCAAACAAGAGACACUUCAGCAACACAGACCGGGGAGACUGGCAGAGGGAUCGAAAGUUCAACUAUGGUGGCAACAGCAACCAGAUGUGGGGUGGGGAGAGGCACCACCAAUACGAGCAGCACUGGUACAAGGACCACCACUACGGGGACCGGCGGUCGCGGGGGGAUCCCCACCGGAGCUCCGGGAACUACAGACCAAACAACCUCUCCCGCAAGAGGCCGUACGAGCAGUACAACAGCGACCGAGACCACAGGGGCCACCGAGACUAUUAUGACAGGCACCACCACGAGUCCAAACGUCGACGAUCCGAUGACUUCAGGCCUCAGAACUACCACCAGCAGGAUUUCCGACGGAUGUCUGAUCACAGGCCGCCCAUGGGAUACCAUGGCCAAGGACCUUCGGACCACUACAGGUCCUUCCACACAGACAAACUGGGAGAUUACAAACAGCCCCUCCCUCCAUCUCACCCUGCAGUGUCGGACCCUCGCUCUCCCCCCUCUCAGAAAUCCCCCCACGAUUCCAAGUCACCUCUCGAUCACAGGUCACCUCUGGAUAGGUCAUUGGAACAGAAAAACAAUCCAGAUUAUAACUGGAACAUUCGGAAAGCAUAAAGAGACUGAGAGGGGAAAGCGCACGUCUGAAAUACUUGGAUUGGUGUGGCGGUGGCUGCUUUCUCCAAGCCAGCAACGAGAAAUUCUGAACAUGCUGCUAUCAUCUGGCUGGGUCAAGGAGGAUUAUGGGGGA